AUGAUGGAGUUGAAAGAUUUACCCAUUGAGAUUACGGAACAAAUUAUACCGAAAGAUCAAACAAUACUAAAAUUACCAACAGAACAAUGUAUACAUUGGUUAAAUCAAUUUCAUCCGAAUGAUACUCUUAUGAUAUUAAAUGCUGGUUUUGAGUCGGAAGAAAAAGAAUUAUACCUUGAGAAGUUCAAAUAUAAAAUAUAUCUUAAUUUUGAGAAUAAACAUAUCAAUAAACAAGGGAGAAAUGCAGUUAUUAUUGAUUACAAUAUGGUUACAAGUACUAUUUCAAAAUAUACUCAUUUAUUCCGUUACUUUCAAAUCUGGACUGGGGAUACAGAUUGGCACUCAUUUGUUUGGUUAAGUAAAAUUUCCUUAAAGAUUUUAAACCGACACAAUUUACAUAAUGUUCAUCUUAAUAAUACUGAUCAAAGAUAUUUGAAUGGGAGUUUUGAAAUAUUUAAAAGAUUCUAUGAGGAUAAUUUUGUUCAGAUUCGUUCGGAGACUGAAAAAUUCUUCAAAUCAAUAGGACGUAUAACAGUGAAUUUGAAUUACGAUCAAUAUCAAACACUAAUAAAGACGCUCGAAGAGUACAAUCCAAACGAAAUAAUAGCUUGUAAAACAGCUUGUAUCUUUAUUGAACCUACAAAAGAUAGUCCCAAUUUUUUUCCAGUCAAAUCAGUAACAGAUUAUUUCAAGCCUUCUGUUCAAUUAACAUUAUAUUAUUUUGGUCCUAAUACAACAGUGGAGUAUACUGAUGAUUUGAUUGAUAAUUUACCAUUAGUCCAUUAUUUAAGUUUAGGAUUUGGACAAUUGGAAUAUGAAAGGAUAUCAGAAUCAUUUAUUUUGAAACUUGGUGCUAAAUAUGAUAUAGAGAAAUGGAAAAAGUAUGGAUUUCAGGUCAAGGUCGAUAAAAAUUAUUAUGAAAAGUCAUUAGAGGACAAAAUUUGGCACAAACUUUGGAAUAUAGAGAUAUAUGAUGAAUAUGUGAUACUUUGGCUAAAGUAG